GGAGUGUCGGCCUAGGGUCGUAGACACAGUAUUGAUUUAGCUACCGACAGCUUAAAGCACGGGCCAUUCCUGGUUGACAUCAACCUCACCUUGAACCUAGGCUUCAUAUCCAACGUCCUCGCGCACGCGCACUCCAUGUAGCCGCCUCACUGAACAUGUCCAAGCCGACAGCCAACUGGGAGAAGGUCGGCGACAAGUUCUACCGCAAAGUCCAGCUCUACACAGGCGUCUUUGACCCCGAUCUUGAGCUCGACAAGUGCCUUGUGGUGGGGGCUCUUGGUAGCGGCGCUGUAGCUAUAUACCGGGAUGAAGGAAAGGUGCAUGCAUAUCGGAGUGGGCAAGCUUCAAAAUCGAGCAUCGAUAUCUACAGCUGCGCGGGGAAGCUGAUUCGGCGCAUCACAUGGGAAAAGGGCACAAUAAAGGGCAUAGGGUGGUCUGAAGACGAGAAGCUGCUCGUGGUCACAGAAGACGGGGCCGUCCGAUGUUACUAUGAUCUCCAAGGCGACUUUGUCCCGUUCUCCCUCGGCCAUGGAGCAGAUGAGCAUGGUGUCGUAUCAUGCAAGUUCUAUUCCACAGGCUUCGUAGCCCUCCUCGGCAACAACCAUCUCAUAUCUGUGUCCCGCUACGACGAACCCCGACCGAAGCUCCUCGCUAUUCCCCCAGCAGAUCCUAUCGUUUCAUGGGCUAUCAUACCACCUGCAUACUCGCUUUCAAGAUCUGUGGAGGUCAUAUUAGCGAUCGGGACCACGCUAUAUGUGGUCGACGCCACGGAUGCUGAAGACCGCAACUUCACGGCCGGACCAUUCCGUCAUAUCAGUGUAUCCCCCAGAGGCGAGUUCCUAGCAUUUUAUACCGACGACGGGAAAGUCUGGGUUGUGAGCGGGGACUGGUCAGAGAAACUGUCCGAGUACAACUCGCGGGCAAAGACGGUACCAAAGGACAUGCAAUGGUGCGGUAGCAAUGCCGUAGCGUUGGCGUGGGAGGAUGAGGUCCAUCUCAUCGGACCCAAGAGCACGGCGACCAAGUUCUACUACGAUGCUUUUGUGCAUUUGCUUCCGGACGUGGAUGGACUACGCCUCCUGACGAACGAUGUAUGCGAGUAUCUACAGAAAGUGCCCGAUGAGACGGUGUCGGUAUUCCGGUUAGGCUCUGACUCUCCUGCUGCGCAUUUGCUGGAGGCAUCGUCACUUUUGGAACAGAAGUCACCAAAGGCAGAUGACCUCAUACAACUGAUCCGACCAUCGCUGGCAGAAGCAGUGGACACCUGCGUGAAGGCUGCUGGCCAUGAAUAUACCAUACACUGGCAGAAGGCACUAAUGAAGGCAGCCUCAUACGGCAAAUCGGUCCUUGAUCUCUACAGCUCUGACGAUUUCGUCGACAUGUGCGAAACGUUACGCGUACUCAACGCUGUACGCUUCUACGAAGUCGGGCUGCCCCUUUCAUACGAUCAAUUCAAGAGACUUACGCCAGAAAAUCUAAUCGCAAGGUUGACAAAUCGACAUGAGUAUCUCCUUGCUUUACGAAUAUCCGAGUAUCUCCACCUUCCAGUCUCGAAGAUCCACGAGCAUUGGGCAGUGGCCAAAGUGCGGCAUUCCACUGCCGAUGAAGCCACAACAGCGCAACUCAUAGUGAAGAAAGUCUACGGCAAACGUGGUGUCUCGUUCGAGCAGAUAGCGAGAGCGGCGUACGACGAAGGGCGUGUAGCGCUCGCGACAGAACUGCUGAACUAUGAGCCUCGCGCAGGAAAGCAGGUCCCCCUUCUGCUCGACAUGAAAGAAGACACCAUCGCGUUGGACAAGGCUAUUGAGUCUGGAGACCCAGAUCUCAUCUUCCACGUGCUCCUCCACAUCCGCAAGAAGCUCCCUCUGGCGUCCUUCUUCCGCGUUAUCAAUUCGCGGCCCGUAGCCACCGCGCUCGUCGAGUCCUCUGCCUGGGAUUCUGACCGCGACCUCCUCAAAGAUCUCUACUACCAAGACGACCGUCGCCUCGAUGGCGCCAACCUCCUCAUCUCCGAAGCCCUCUCCCAACCAGACGUCUCCUCCGCAACCGACAAACUGCACCUCGCAUCCAAAUACCUCGCCGACAGCAAAACACACGCCACCCACCGCACGCACAUCGACGACGCCAUCAAGCUUCUCAAACUCCAAGAGCAAUUCGACAAAGAUCUCGGCCUCUCACCCUCAGGUCCUGCCCCCGGUCCCCCUUCGCCCGGCCCAUCCAGCCAUCCAGCCUCGUACGUCGGCCUCUCCGCCCACGCCACCAUCUUCACCCUCCUCAAAUCCGGCCACACCAAGCGCGCCGCAAAAGUGCAGUCCGAAUUCCGCAUCCCGGACAAGCAAUUCGCCUGGCUUCGCCUGCGCGCCCUCGUCGCUGCCCGCCACUGGAGCGAGCUCGAGGAGAUUGCCAACAAGACGAAGAAGAGCCCGAUUGGCUGGGAGAACUACGUCAAUGAGAUCCUGGGAGCGGGGAAUUCGCGCGUUGCGGCGUUGUUUGUGCCCAAGUGUACGGGGGCGAGCGCGAAGGAGAGGGUCGAGAUGUGGGUUCGGUGUGGGCUUGUGGUUAAGGCGGGCGAGGAGGCGGUUAGGGCGAAGGAUGGGGGAUUGUUGGAGUGGGUGAGGGAGAGGGCUGGGGCGGGGGCGCAGGCGGAACUGGAGAGGUUGGCGGCGCAGUUGAAAGGGGGACGGGGGAGGUGA